GGCAUAUAAGUACAUUUGGGUUGUCUCGAGAACUCUCCAUCCCAAGUUCAACCAUCCAAUCUCCUUACCAUUACCCCCUGAAUCGAAUUUUCUCUUCGCAAACACUCCUACAUGUCAGGCAACGUCCAGGUCGACCAGCUCCUCAGCCUUAUUAAUCAGGCAGCAAAGGAUGCAGUCGCAGAGUACCAGAGCAGAGGCAAGGAUGUCCUGCCUCUCGACACGCCCGACGUCCAUCCACUCGAUUCGGAGACAAACCUUGUCGCCCUCAAGAAGGCUAUCCGUUUGUUAGAAGGCGCCACAGUGCAUCUCUGCAAUAUGCUCGCGCCUCCCAUUCAUACCAUCUGUAAUUCGCGACCGGAUACCGCACUUUAUAGGGUAGCAGUCGAAGCAAGCCUCGCCGAUAUCCUCGAGGGGCAUCCAGAAGGGCUUAGCCUCGAUAAGCUCGCCGAAGCGGCCGAUUUGCCCGCCCCCAAGCUUGGCCAGGUCAUGCAGACUCUCGUGGCCAACAAUUGUUUUAGGGAAGUCGACUCCGGCGUGUAUGCCAACAACCGCAUCUCGUACGCUCUGAGAUCCACCUCUGAAACCGAUGCCGCUGGCUUGGUCAGUGUCACUACAAGAGAAGGCCGGCUGUCGCAGUGGAAGUAUUGGGAAUACCUGAAGGAUCCUGAGACUCGCGACGCUACUGGCAUUGAUAACACAUGCAUGCUGUAUGCACUGAGGAAGGAGGGCAUGGUCCUCAAGACCCCUUUCGAGUACUUCAUAACCCAACCGGACAGGCGUAAGCAAUUUGACCGGGCCAUGGUCGCUCUUUCCAGAUCCUCUGGUAACACGUCUAUUGUGCACGCAUACCCCUGGCAGAAUGCGAAGACUGUAUGCGACGUGGGCUCUGGUGUAGGUUCAUUCGCGCUGCCCUUCUCCAGACAUCACCCGGAUAUCGAGGUCACUCUGCAAGAUACCCCAGACGUAUGCAAGGAUGCCGCGGAGCUCUGGAAGAAAGAGAACCCCGCAGCGAUUUCUGCGAAUAAGGUGAAUUUCGUACCCGUCAACUUCCUCGAGGAACCCGUCGUCCCGAACCAGGACGUGUACAUUCUGAGGUCUAUCAUCCAUGACUUCCCCGACCUGCUCGCGGUCCAAGUCCUCAAGAACAUCCGCAAAGCGAUGUCGCCCACGACUCGAGUGCUGAUCCAGGAGUAUAUCAUUCAUCCCGCGGUUGGAACCGAGAGCGAGAAAUUCGGCAUCGAGCAGGCUCCCGAACCCCUCCAACCCAACUUCGGCGCUGGUGCCUCUCGUCUCUACAACUUCAGCUUCUUCAUGCACACUAUGUUGAACGCUAAGGAGCGGACUGUACAAGAGAUCAUUGAGCUUGGCAAAGCCGCCGAUCUCCAAUUCGUCAAGGUGUGGGAUCUAGCGGAAACCUCCGCGGUAGAGUUCUCUGCAGCUUAAACCAGUUGAAUCGGUUCAACCCUGAUUCUGGCAAGUACACCCUGUAUAUAGUUCAUAAG